GCGUUUCAAAUGUAGUAAAUUGCUAUGAAAGGUGUAAGCUUGAACUGUGUUUAUAACACGUGCGAGAAGAGAAACAUUCAAUCGUUACAAUGCCAUUUUUCAUUAAGAACAGGAAACGAAAGCCAGAAAAGUCACAAAACAAGAAACAGAGAUUCAAUGAUUCACAAAAUAAAUCAGAUGUGAGAAAGCCAAAAAAGAAAUUUCUUGGAGAGGAACUUGACAGUGAUUCAGAUAUUCCAAGUGAUAAUGAAGGAAAAAAGACGUAUUCAUCUUCAGAAGAGGAAGAAGAGACAGCACAAGAGAAAAAACUGAGAUUAGCCAAACAGUACUUGUCUCAGAUACAAGCUGAAGAAGCUGAAAAUCUUGAAGAUGAAGAAAUUCACAGAGAUAUAGUAUCACACAGAUUAAAACAGGAUAUACUAGAACAAACAGGACGAUUACAUAAACAGGUUGCUGAUGAUUAUAUACCUCCAACAAUUGAUGACAUCACAGUGUUACGAGGACAUCAACUUUCAGUGACAUGCAUCAUUAUUUCCUCAGAUAGUAAACAUAUUUACAGUGGUUCUAAGGACUGUACAAUAAUAAAAUGGGAUACCCAGACAUGUCGUAAAGUUUAUACAGUAUAUGGAGGUAAAAAAAAUGGAGGUGAAGGUCAUUCAGCACAUGUCAUGUCAUUGGCAAUAUCAUCAGAUGGAAAAUAUUUGGCCUCAGGUGAUGCCAAUAAAGAAAUCCAUAUACGAAACCCAGAUACAAUGGAAAAAAUAAAAGUAUUUAGAGGUCAUAGAAACACAGUAUCUGGGCUAGCUUUUAGAAAAGGAUCACAUCAGUUGUUCAGUGCAUCACAUGACCGUGCUGUAAAGAUAUGGAACUUGGAUGAGAUGACAUAUGUAGAAACAUUAUAUGGACAUGAAGAUGCUAUAACAUCUAUAGAUAGUCUAACAAGGGAGCGAGCGAUUACAGCAGGGGGCAGGGAUGCAAGUAUUAGAAUCUGGAAAAUUAUUGAAGAAUCACAACUAGUCUUUCAUGGUCACAUGGGUUCCAUAGACUGUGUUUCCUUGAUCAACGAGACAAAUUUUGUAUCAGGAGGAGAUGAUAAUUCCAUAGCAUUAUGGGGAGUUAUGAAGAAGAAGCCAAUGGUUUUAGUCAGAAAUGCUCAUUCUGGGGACAGUGAGGAAAAUUCUGAAUACUGGAUAUCAGCAGUGGCAUCUUUACAACAUACAGAUUUAAUAGCUUCAGGUUCAAAAGAUGGAAUGAUAAGAUUUUGGAAGUGUGGUGAUGAUUUUAAAUCAUUAAAACCCAUCUUUAGUUUGCCUGUGACCGGAAUUGUGAAUUCACUACAGUUUUCUAAAGAUGGAAGUUUUUUAGUUGCCGGUGUUGGACAAGAACAUAAAAUGGGCAGAUGGUGGAGAAUUAAAGAGGCUAGAAAUAGCAUUUGUAUAAUAAAACUGUCAAAGGCUAAUGAACCAUAAUAAAAUAUAUUCAUAUGAA